GUCAAACUUCGCACGGAUGGCUGCACGGACGAACGUCCCGCGGCUUUUCAAAAGCGCCAGCACGAUGAAUUUAAAUCUCUCUCUCUCUUUCUCUCUCUUUCUCAUGCACACCGAGAGCGAUUUCGAAAUGGUCGGACCACACGUUGGCGACGUGCUGCCGAACGAUUGUAUUAUUAGCGCGAACGAUCGAAGCCGCCGAUAGAUCGUGCGUUCGAAUAACGUAAACAAAAUCGCGUUUAGGGUAGAAUAGAAUAAAUGUUUGGAUUUAUUGCCAGGCGAGUGCGUGCAGUGCACACGUGUGUGAUUGCCACUUGAUUACGAGUUUGGUUAAUUAUAUUUAUCUAAAUGGUCAUUGUCGUCAUGUCCACUAAUAAGGGGCAAAACACGAGGGCCCUGGUAGAGCCCUUGACUUUGGAUCGCACAUUGGAAGACAGCGACCUCAGCGCCCUGAGCUUGUCUCACAGCAGCGAACAGUAUACGUCGAACGACUUCGAGGAGUUUGCGAAUAUUCAAGCGGAAUUUGAAUGCAUGAACUCGGAGGGAGUUAUGACGGACGACCGGAUAAUAAUUGAUGAGAACGUUGAGACUGAUACGAUAGUACCUGAUGUGGAGAUGACCGAGAUUUCCGAGCAAGUGCAGGCCGAGCACAUUUACACGAUGGCCAAUCAAAACAGUCAGAAUAUUGUGUUCCAAACCAAGCCCACGUUGCAGAGAGUACCGGUGUCGGCGGUCCAGAUGAAACCGAGCAUUCAGCCUACGCAGAGCCAGUCGAUCAUGAUAGUGUCACCUGUGAGCGGACAGGGCACCAGCCAAAUUUUGAAGAUAUCGCAUCCACCGACAGCCUCGGCCGAACAGCUACAGUCUUUAGCCCAAACUCUAAUCACUGGCAAAUCUGCGGACGGGAGUGUCGUUCAGUUGAGAACCACGCAGCCCGCCAAGUCUAUCACGACAACUAGUGCCUCUGGAAACAUCACGAUCAGUAAUGUGCAGAAUGUUAAGAUUUCGCAGCCAUCGUUGAAACGGACAACACAGAGUGUCUCUCAAGGACGUAACUUAUACACAAAGAUGAUAUUGACGGGAAAUCAGCCACAGUCCGGUACUCAGCAAGUUCUCAUCACGAGUUCGCAAAGUGAAAAUCAACCGACUCAGGGAAUCAAAUUUCUCAAUAACAGCUCCUCUAGUUUUGGCAGCCCGGCGAAAAAUAUAACGUUGGCACAGAUGGGCACUAUACUCUCUACCAACAAGCAACAUAUUUUGCCGACAUCUUCGUCAAAGCAGAGUAUGAUACUGAACAAGUUGCUACAAUCUUCGACGUCUCAGCCAUCAAAAGUGACCAUAUUACCGACGAAAUCGCCGACAAAAAUCCUUCCUGCGCCAACCAUGAGUCUUCAGGCGAAGUCCUCGACGACGACGAAUCAGCCCACAUUCGUUACAUCCAAAUCAUCCACGCAGCAAAAUCCGCAGAAAGUGAUCAUUAGACAGGGUUCCUUGAAACCUGGUAAUGUACUUGGAAGUGGACAAGUCAUUAGAAUACCUGCUAACCAGAACAUCGUGACUGGAUCGAAUCAAGUCCAUCAGAUUCAGAUGUCCGGAAGACAAGUGCAAUACGUCAGAUUAGUUAGUACCCCUUCAACAGGAUCUACCAAUGUCGUUACUGUGGGCAAAUCAAAAGCCAGCACAACACUUCAGACUGUGGGUAUCGGUCAGAAGAUAGGAAAUCAGCAACAGAUUGUAAAGGUUGUACCGCUGAAUACCGGAAGUCAGUCUCUGAGAACGGUUGCACCGAAAGCAACGUUGACAAGUGGUAGCCAAAAAUUACUCAUACCUGCGGCUGCUGCAGCGGCAGUCGGCGGUCAGUCGAAGAAUGCGGUGGCAAUCCCCGCGUCAGCAUUGAGCCAGCUGGCGUCAGGACAAGCAGUUCUAUCAACCAAUCCGAAUGUUGGAAAUAUCGUUGUUCUACCUGCUCAAUAUAUUCAACAACAGUCAACAGAGGAGGUAAAAUUGAAGUCCCAAACAACGCCAGCUCUUUUAAAUACACAAAGUUCUACAGCGACUCUGUGCGUAAUUGACGGAAAAAAUUCUCAAAGAGGAUCUUACAGCAAUGUGGAGCCGAACGGCAUCAGGCCGAGAAAACCAUGCAACUGUACCAAAUCACAGUGUCUCAAGCUUUAUUGCGAUUGCUUUGCGAACGGUGAAUUCUGUCACAUGUGCAAUUGUAAUAAUUGCUCAAACAAUCUUGGUAACGAGGAGGAGCGACAGCGCGCGAUUAAAUCCUGCUUGGAACGUAACCCUAAUGCCUUCCGGCCUAAAAUCGGGAAAGGCCGUGAGACUGGCGAAGAUAUAAGGAGACACAAUAAAGGCUGCAAUUGCAAACGUAGUGGUUGUCUUAAGAAUUACUGCGAAUGUUACGAGGCAAAAAUCCCAUGUUCUGCAAAUUGUAAGUGUAUAGGCUGUCGCAAUAUUGUGGAUCCAAUUUUGCAGAAGAAAUCUUUAAAAGACCUAGCAGAAGCGGCCGAAGUCAAAACGACUCAGCUUAGUUUAAAUAAGGCGCAAUUACAGUUAUCCGAAAUGGCAUUUAGACCACCAGCGACAUCCAAUACUGGUACAAGACAACCAUUCAAUUUUCUGACGGAGAAAGUAGUGGAGAUAACAUGCCAGUGCUUAAUGGCUCAAGCCGACGAGGCGGAACGUAAUAUGUUCGACGACGAGACAUCUCAGCGUCUUAUCAUCGAGGAGUUUGGCCGUUGCUUAAAGGAGAUCAUCGAGUCGGCGCAUAAAGCUGAAGCUACUUAGCAGGUGCACUUGCGAUAUUCGCAUUGUAAUUUUUAUAUGAUUACUAUUGAUUAUCAGAAUUGGAAUAUAAAUAAAAAUAGUAUAAUGUGUGUUGGUACCAAAGACAUUAUAUUACACAAGAUGCGAAAGGUCUUGGAAGGUCUUUUCAAAUUCACCAAGUUAUUCUUUAAGCGCCUUUCAAAGUGAGCCUGCGAUGAAUAACUCCGCAUGUGAAUUUACUUCAGAGUAAUAUAAUGGGAAUGAUAUAAGCUGUAUUAUGAGAGCAAAUCGCUUCCCUCGGUUUUUGAUUGAAAUGAAAAAUGUCUUUAAUUUGUACAUUAAUUUGAUAACGAAUGCUUUCGCUGUUUCAAAAAAUAAAUCGUAUUUGACUUUUAAACGAGAAAAAGAAAUGGCGUCAAUUUGACGAUAAACGAGAAUUUUUGUAUUUGGAACGUGUUUUGAUCUGAUAGUAAAUACACAACGUAUUGGUAAAUAAGAAGCGAUAGCUCAUCUUGCAGUUCAAUUGCUUAAUUAUCAUUACCAUUUAACAAACUUACACAGUGUUCAGAGAAAAUGAUGAAACGUUUCAUGAAUUUAUCUCGUCAGUCUAUCGGUUGCAUUUCAUAUAUUUUUAAAAAUAAGUCGUUAUGUCUGCGAAAUAAUAUAUAUUAGAUGCUAAAAAUAAUUAUAGUAAAAAUUUCAUUAAUCCGCACUUUCCUUUAUAGUUUAUUUAAUUUAAUCAUAGAAAAGUACCUAUAAUGGUUUAAAUCACAGUUGCUAUGGUAUGUAUUUUAACUAAUAAUAGUACAAAUGUACAAACUUUAUUUGUAUGUUUCAAUCAACAUGCAUGUUCAAAAUCCAUAAUCCGUUAAGACCCGAAUUUACUAGUUAAAUUUACUAGAAUGGUUGAUUAGACGUAAAAUCGAAUAUCUAUGUAGACAAUACAAUUACAGAUCUCGUUUCGCCUCGUAAACAGAGGGGGGGGGGGAAGGGGAGUUUGCACUUCACUACGCGUGGAAAUUCGAAAACUUGUGAAACAGUAUUGACUUUGUUUCAAUUAAAUUGAAAACUAAGUUAUUUUAACUAGUGAAAUCGGGUUUUAACUUAUAUAUACUGUGAUUGAAACAUAUUAAUAACAAUAACGUUAGCGUUAUUAAUGUAUGAUAUGUAACAACUGCGACUUCAGCUCUUAUAGGAUUGUCCUCCUUGUGUAAUUGCAUAUUAAAGAGUCUUUACAUAUUAUUUACACCGUACAUCUUAUUUAAUUGUGAAUAUUAGAGGUGUUUAUAUAUAUAUAAUAGCACUAUAAAUAUGAAAUAAAACUCUACUUUCAAGUACUUGAUAUUACAUAUGAAGAUUUCUGUUAUUCGUUAAUACUCUUAAAGCUUAAUUCAUUCUUAAUUUUUAAUGGCUUGUAUCUUAGGUUAUUGACGGCUCGAUGUCGAUCGAAGCUAACGAUGUCGUUUAUUUAUAGACUAUAAGAGGAGAUAUGCGAUGUUUGAAGCACCUUGUAUUAUAUAUAUAUAUAUAUAAUGUAUUUCUCAAAUUAAAAUUUUAUGAUCGAAAGUGCAGCUGCAGUUUAUAUAGAGAUAUUUAUAUUCAUUCACAUUAUAUUAUAUGCAUUACGAUUAAAAUGUACAGCAUGUCAAAAUAGCCUCUCUUGUUUUUGUUUGCGUCUACAAUGAAUAUUUCUGUUUAAUUACUUAACUUGAGAAACAAUUCGUUUAUUAUUCUCUUUUCUCUCUCUCAUUUCGUAUUCUUUUUUUUUCCCCAUUUCUCUUUUGAUAUUCAAUAUAAUGUACAUGAUGUAUUAACAAAUUACAAUCCUUAAUUUAGAAUUACUGCAAUAUAAUAAGUCUGCUGGCGGAUUAACAUUGGAAAUAAAAGAUUUUUAAUUGUGUAUAAUAUUCUAUAUACGCAACGUGUGCGUAUACAAAUAUAUAGAUUUUACUACUUUCUUGCAGUCACUAAUAAUACAACAACAUUGUCCUAUGAUUGUAAUUGAAAAUACUAGCUUCCUUAAAUUUAAUUAAAAUUUAAAUUAAAUUUAAAAUUUUUUAAUUUUAAAGGUAAAAAAUUUUUGUAAAAGUAUUGUAAUUAAUUCUUUUCCGUUUUCAUUGUCGUUGAUGUUCUUCAAAUAUACGUGUUUGAUAGUAGAAAUAAAUUAUGCUGUUGUUUGAUACAAGUAACUUUUGUGCUGUACAUACAAUAUUCACGUAAAGAAUGCUCUUCGUAAUAAUGCAUAUAUAUAAUAGUAAAUAGAGGAAUUUUAGUAUUUCGUUAUAAAAAUGUUGACUAUAAUACAGAAAGAUUUUUAAUGAUGGGUCUUAUAAUGUUAUUUGAGCGACUUUAAAUGUAAUAGCAUUUCAAUAAAUAAAUAGUUGAAAAGAAA